AUAAGAAGCCCGCGAUAAUUUAAAACCUUAUAUAAAUUCAGCAUUAGGGUUUUCUCCUGCCCCUGAAGAUCAUCUCUUUCCUCGGAGGCCAAUCUUCGCGUAGCUCAACUCCAGGAGUUUCUGAAGAGCUUUAAAAAUGGUGGAGAAGACCAAAGGAAGAAAGGAGGAGGUAGUUAGCAGAGAGUAUACUAUUAACCUCCACAAACGCCUUCAUGGCUGCACGUUUAAGAAGAAGGCUCCCAAGGCCAUUAAGGAGAUCAGGAAGUUCGCUGAAAAGGCCAUGGGCACAAAGGAUGUGAGAGUAGAUGUGAAGCUGAACAAGCAUAUCUGGAGCCGGGGAAUCAGGAGUGUGCCCAGAAGAAUCAGAGUUCGCAUUGCUCGCAAGAGAAACGAUGAUGAAGAUGCCAAGGAAGAGUUGUACUCUCUCGUAACAGUUGCAGAAAUCCCAGCAGAAGGACUGAAGGGACUUGGGACUAAAGUCAUUGAGGAAGACGAUUGAUUUGUUAUCUGUUUUCGAGAAGAGGUGGUAAGAUGAGAUUAGGGUGUAGUUUUGAUUUGUUGAAUGAAAGAAGACUUAUCAUGUUCAAUUGUGAUCUUUGGAGAUUUUUGUUUUAGUUAAAGUAAUUUAUAUUACUAAGUUCACAUGUUUUUGGGUUACAUUAACCGAUCUUGUUAGCUCAUGGGCAAAUCGUAUCCAUGUUAUGUAAUUUAAUCGGAAGACCAAGAGCAUUUUUCUUUUUA